AUGGUUGCUCUGUAGCUCAAGCUGCAGUUGCACAUGCUUUAUAGCUGUGCAGGUCAAUGGUUCUGUCCCCAGCGUAUCAGCCAAGAGGGAAGCGGACACACAACAUUAAGGAUGUGAUUUUGAAUUAAUGACUCCUAGAAGGGGGCACAACUUCUGCAGGCGCCCGUGCGUCUCACAUGGCAGAGGACAGAGCGAGAUCGAAAGCAGUAAGAGCAGGUUCCCUCCUGUUCUCAGUACAAGUUAAAAAGCCAGGAGGAAAAACUUCCCCUGAUGUGGACAGACAGGAGGCUCAGCACUAUGGGGCAAUCUUACCCCGGGACACGAAUAGACACUGAGGAUCAACCCCCAAAUACAAUGUGAAGCCUCAUUCUGGGCAGAUUGUGCCCACCUCAGAGGGUCUCUCAAGGCAUCUGUCCCUUUGUGAUCCUCUCGGGGAAUUCUCUUUGACUUGUGAUCCUAAUACAAUAGUGAAUUUGGGCCACAUGUACCCAGCAUUACAGCUUCCACUUGGGAUGGGGUUGGAUCACUUGGCACAUUUUCACAGCUGCACCUUUGAGACGUCUUUCAUCCUGCCAACCACAGUGAUUGCUUAGGACAACAUCUCAGGACAGGCUAUGGCCAGAGAUGCCAACGGGUUAAAUUCUACUCCCUGUAAAUUGAGGAACAAGAGGUUGGAAUAAAUGAUACCCCGUAAAUUCCCCGUGAAUUCAGGCCAUGGAAAGACCAAACAAGCGAACCUGAAUCACUCUCAGAGCCACUCACUGUCUCAGAAGCUUCUUGACAAUAAGCCCAGCGGCUGCACUGCUCACUGUGCCCAGAAGCUGAGAGCAGAGAAGCGGUGAGAAGCAUACGGCAGCGUUUCAGGAGCCCAGAUGGUGAUGGAGAACAUCUCUUCCUCUUCACUGUUCUUGACCAGCUCCACCACUCAGCAUGAAAACUCCACUGUGUCCAAUUACUUCUCUGGCCUCCAAAAGAGCAUGCAUAUCCUUUCCAUGGUGGUCUACAGCAUUGCGUGUCUGCUGGGGGUGACAGGCAAUGGCCUUGUCAUCUGGAUCGCUGGCUUCAAGAUGAAGAAGACAGUUAAUGCCGUGUGGUUUCUAAACCUGGCUGUUGCCGAUUUCAUCUUCACCUUUUUUCUGCCCUUCAGCAUUGCCUACACUGCCCUGGGCUUUCACUGGCCAUUUGGGAAGCUCCUGUGCAAAUUGAACAGCGCCAUUGCCUUCCUCAACAUGUUUGCUAGCGUCUUCCUCUUAAUGGUGAUCAGCAUAGACCGAUGCAUUUCGGUGAUCUGCCCUGUGUGGUCUCGUAACCACCGGACACCAAAGUUGGCUUCCAACAUUGCCCUGGUCACAUGGGUCCUAGCCUUCAUCAUCAGCUCUCCGUAUCUUGUUUUUCGAGACACUGCUACUAAUUCGAAGAACGUCACCAGCUGUUACAAUAACUUUGCCCUGUCUGAUGACUAUAAAUCUGAGGCGACACGUCGGCUGUGGAAAAUGAGGCACAAAGCUAUGAUCGUAACCAGAUUCUUAUGUGGGUUCCUCAUUCCCUUCACCGUGAUCGUCGUCUGCUACAGCAUCAUUGCUGUCAGGAUGAAAAGGAGCCAUCUAGCCAGAUCCACUAAGCCUUUCAGGAUCAUUGUUGCUGUCACAGUGUCGUUUUUCCUCUGCUAUUUUCCGUACCAUGUCUUCUGCUUGCUUGAAAUGUCUAAAAACUCUUCCAAUCAGGAGCUGAAAAUGGCCCUUUACAUAGGGAUCCCCUUGGUUUCCAGUCUUGCCUUCUUCAACAGCUGUAUCAACCCCAUCCUCUAUGUCUUUGUGGGGCAGGACUUCAAGGAGAAGUUCCGACAGUCCAUUCUCUCUGCCUUUGAGGGGGCCUUCAGUGAGGACUCCAUCCUGAACACCCUGGCCAGCAAGAGAAAAUCCAGAGCCACUUCUGAAGCAGAAAUUCCAGGGGUUUAAUCAGUAGCUAAUGGCCCAAAUUUCAGUGUUAAGUUACAGGAGACCCAGUUCUGUCCUCUGCCAGUGCAGUUCCCGUGGAUUUCAGUCAGAGUCGUAUUGUGUCACUGAAGGCAGAAAUGGGCUCUGGGUGGUAAAGAAGUGUGAUUUGCUCCAGUUUGGAUGUGCAAAACCCAGGGUGACUUACACACCAAGGAGGUGAAACAGCUGGAUGGAGCGGGGCUGUAGAAUGAAAAGCAACUGACAGAGGGUUGUUAAAUAAAGUAGCAACUCCCUGCCAUGUACACUUUACACUCUCCUAUUUGUUGCUUUUCCUGCUAUUUCUGCCUUUUUCAUUUCCCUCAGUGUAAGUGGCACUCAUUUUGACACACCCACGGAGGACCAGAUCAGUGCAAGUUACUCUGUUUGUGCCAUUCUGCUCAUUUUUAACUUGAAACAUAAGCACUGAAUGUGGCCCAGAGAAUUUAAUGCCAGCCGGGUUAUACCCAGUCUGCACUUGGCCCGUUAUUUCGAGAUGUAGCUUGUCUGUUUUAUUGCCCUGCCUUGACUGAUACCCGCUGCAGCGUUCCCUUGGAAAAAACCUAAUAUGUGCUUAGCAAAAUGUGUUCCACAAUAUCCAUGUU